CGCCUCGACGCGCUCGGGCUCGAUUGGCCGGCCUUGCACCGCACGGCGCGGUAACGGUCGCGGAGGCGGGGCCCCAGCGGCGGAGCCGGCCCAGCUGGGCGCGCUGCUGGUGGGAGGCGGGCGGCCGCGGAAGAUGAAGAUCCAGUUUCAAACGUGAGAUUCACUGGGUGAUCAUUUCAUUGAAAUCAACUUGAAUGACCAGAUAAAAAGUGCAAGAGGAAUGUGCUGGGACUGAGUGCUACAAGAGCAUAUAACAAGAGAACCUGAUCUAGUCAUGGAAUCAGGGGAGAUUUCCCUGAAGAAGGAGAUUUGAGCUGACAUCAGAAGGCAACUCAAAAAUUUUCACUGCCAGUCUACUUCUUUGGUUCUGCAAAGGAACAGUAUACCUCCAGCAGCCCCCAAAGCCCAGCAGUCCAGUGAAUCAUCAAACAGACUCAUGACUGAAAAACAGCAGGAAGAAGCAGAAUGGGAGAGCAUAAAUGUGCUGUUGAUGACGCAUGGCUUAAAACCUUUAGUUCUAGUCAAAAGAACAGAUCUUAAAGAUCUCAUCGUUUUUGACAAACGGUCAUCACAAAGGAUGAGACAAAACUUGAAAACGUUGGUGGAAGAAACAGAACGUCAACAGAACGUGAUCCAGGAGCUCAUAGACACUAAUCAGCAGCUUAAAAAAGAACUUGAACUAGAAAAAUGCCGAGCAGUAAAUCAGGAACAACGAGCUAAUGACUUGGAACAAAUAGUGGAGAGUGUGAAAUCCAAAAUUGGUGAAUUGGAGGAUGAUUCCAUAAAUAGAGUUUGCCAGCAGCAGAAUCAAAUAAAAGAUCUUCAGAAAGAGCAUAAAGCUUUACAGGCAAAAUGUCAGCAUUAUAAGAGAAAACAAAUGGAGCAACAAGAGACUAUUGAUUUUUUGCAAAAGGAUAUCUGUAGAUUAACAAAGGAGGAGGAAGAGCGCAUUGUCACUCAAAACCGAGUGUUUUCUUAUCUCUGCAAAAGAGUUCCUCAUACCAUCCUGGAUAGACAGUUGCUUUGCCUAAUUGACUACUAUGAAUCUAAAAUUAGAAAACUUCAUAAACAAAGGCGAUAUAAUGAAGAUGAAAGUCAGUCAGAAGACGAUGACGACUGCAGCAGUCUUGAUGCCUCACCAACUUAUAAAGGCCUUCUACUGUCAUUACAGAAUCAACUGAAGGAAUCAAAAUUUAAGAUUGAUACACUUUUAAGUGAAAAGCUGAAUCUCCAAAAAGAUUUGGAAACCAGGCCCACACAGCAUGAAUUAACAAUUUAUAAACAACAGGUGAAGAAACUGGAGAAAGCCCUAAAGAAAAGCAUCAAAUUACAGGAUUGUCUCAGUCAAAGCAAGACUGAGGACACAGAGAAAAAAGAUGACCCCAGCAAAGAUAACCAGCGGCAGGCCCUAAUUGACCAGAGAUACUUUCAGAUACUGAGUAGCAUCAACUCAAUUAUUCACAACCCAAGAGCUCCAGUAAUACUUUAUAAACAGAGCAAAGGAGGAGUCCAACAUUUUAAUAAAGAUUUUGGUCAAGAUUGUGAAUUUGAGCAUCUUGUUCCUAUCCUAGAAAUGUGGGCAGAUCAACUGACUUCCCUGAAGGAUUUGUAUAAGUCCUUGAAAAUACUAUCUGCAGAAUUGGUGCCUUGGCAUAAUUUAAAGAAGCCGGAUGAAAAGGAAGGUAUCAGAGUUGAACACCUGUUGUUUAUGGUAGAUACCAUAUUGGAAGAAAUUGAAAAUAAGGAAAAGGACAGCAACAUACCAAACUUUAAAACUUUGAAAGCUAUUGUUUGUCAUUUCCAAAAAUUAUUUGAUGUGCCUACUUUAAAUGGAGUCUAUCCCCGAAUGAAUGAAGUUUAUACUAGGCUUGGAGAACUGAACAGUGCUGUGAGAAACCUCCAAGAACUCUUAGGAUUAGAUAGUUCAUCCUCAUUGUGUGUGCUGGUAAGCACAGUCGGAAAAUUGUGUAGGCUGAUUAAUGAGGAUAUGAAUGAACAGGUUAUGCAGGUGUUGGGACCUGAAGACCUCCAAAGCAUUAUCAUCAAAUUGCAAGAACACGAGGAAUUUUUUCCAGCUUUUCAGGCAUUCACUAAUGAUCUACUUGAAAUCUUAGAAAUUGAUAACUUGGAUGCCAUUGUACCUGCAGUAAAGAAAUUAAAAGUACUUUCAUACUGAAAACAAAUCAUUUUUACUGUGUAAAUUGCAUUCUUGACAUUCUAAUUAUUUUGUAGGAUUGAUCUUAUCUUUGAGACGAGUUAUAAAAAGUAUUUACUUUCAGAAUUCAUUCCCUUCUUAGUAUUGGGUCUUUAUAUAUAUAUUUUUUAACUUUGAGAUUCUUAUGUAGAAAACAGUUAAGUUAAAGUAGUCAGUUAACUUUAGACCCUUUAAUCAUUUCUCAAGCAAUUAUUGAGUGCUUAAAAUUUAAUAUUUAGAGGAUAGUGUGUAAGUAAAAGAGAAACUCAGGGAGAGUUUGAAAAAUAGAAAGGUCACAUUUAAGUUCAGGGUUUAGUGACCUUUCUGGUUCUGGGAACAAAGAAUGCAAUGGCUCUAAGUCCAGUAGGAAGAUAUUGCUUUCCUAGCAAGAAAAUGGCACCUGUUAAGAUAUCCCUCAUGGCACUUAUCCUUUCAAAGCAAGAGUAAGAAAAGGAAGGAGAAGGAAAUGUAUUAGGAUAGAAAAUAAAUUAUGAGGUAACAUAGAUGAGUAGAUAAAAGUUUCUCAUAAAGAAGUGUCCCUUUUUUUUAUUUUGCAAUCUUGAUGUAAUGUACUUUUUAUAAGGGCAUGAGAACUUAAAUAAAAUUUUUAUGAAGAAUUUUCAAA